CGACAGAGGCGGCAUUUGAUAGGCUCGAUGGAGGGACGCAGUACAGAGCAACUAUUGUUUCAGUUAACGGACCAAAGGAAAGUGAACCUCGCAUCUAUGAUUUAUGCACAAUUCCCAGUGAGAUACCGUGCGUCGAACAUUGGCUUAAAAAGGAAAGAUCUCAUUCUACGAUGGACGCCGGCUAUUGGUAAAGUUCAUGAGUACAGAAUAGAAAUGAACGUAACGUACGAGGGCGAUGAACAAUUUUUACCAAUCUACACCAGUAAUUUGGAGGUAGAGUUUACCAAAGUUUCAGUAGUGACUGAUGUAAAGUACGCGGUGUUUGCAGAAGCAGUGGUUUGGUUCCAGGGAAAGGAGCUGCGCUCAAACACAUACGUGCAUACCAUUAUUAUGGAGGUAGCCAGCAAGGAAGAUACAUCUGAGGAAUGUGGGAUUGGCCAAGAGUUUGUGAGCAAACCACGAAGCGCAGUCCCAAAUGACGCUGAAGAUGUUACAGUUGUAAACAUAGCUACGGAUUCGCUGACCAUAAAUUGGACGAGUCAAAGCAAUGUUAGCAGCUUCCAUGUGACGGCAGUUGAUGGCGAAGGGUACAGUCCAAACGCAAGAAAAUACAUCGCGGCAGAUGAACCCAAAGAAGCUGUGUUUGACAGUCUUACUGGAGGGACUGAGUACACGGUGAAUGUGUUCACGUUCAAUGGAUCCAUGGACAGCGACCCUGUGACAUUGACUGUUGCAACCAAACCUAUGCAGAUACCUUGGGUUUGGGCUGAGGUUAAAGAGAAGGAAAUGAAGAUCUUUUGGGGAUGGGAUGAGAUAUCUGGUAACGCUGAUGAUUACUACUUUGAAUUGGUUGACGCUGAAGACAAAGAUGGUGAACCUGUUUCUCCGGUAUAUGCGGGAAACGACAAAGAAAUAAAGUUUAAAGAUCUUGUGGGGGAUGUGGAAUACACCAUCGAAGCCUAUGCCGUGUUGUGGUCUAAUGGAAAAAUACUUAUCUCAGAUCCAAAAACCCUCAUAGUGAGGACUCCAUUGACAGGCACGGUCGUUUUUGAUUCUGAUGGUGCAGCACAUAAUCCAACUUCAAGGUCAACGACACAAGUUAUGACUACGACUGCACAACAACUCUUCUGCCCAGAGAUUAACUACGAGCCGACGACUACUCAAGUACCAACGACUACUGCUUUGAUAACAACAACCAAACAACAAACAACACAACAAAUAACACAACAAACAACAACACAAGAUGAGACAACUCCUCAGGUUUUAACAACUGAAACGACAACACUUCAAACUUCACAAGAUCCUACAACCCCACAAAAAACUACAAUAAAACCGACUACUAAAAACACAACGCCACAAGAAACUACAAUGAAAUCCACUUCUAGAAACACAACGCCACAAGAAACCACAAUAGAACCGACCACUAGAAACACGACACCGCAAGAAACCACAUUGAAACCGACUACUCGAAACACAACACCACAAGAAACCACAGCUCAAACAGUCACGCCAUCUGCAUGCGAAUCCAUUUUUCAUGAGCCUCCUGCUACCGACCACACCAACUCUUCGCUGUUGUUUGCACAACAAACGUUGGAUUUCGUCAACCUCUCUCUAAAUUUCUUUUUCGACCAGUUUAGAGAGGGCAGUCGAAAUCCUAACAUCGUAACCCCUGGUGAAAUCACCAAUACAUGGGAAUGCGUUUACGGAACAAGUUUCACGACUGAGCGAGAUUUGAAGCUGAUCCCUGACCUGCUUGAAGUUCUACUUCAAGGAUUCAUGAUGGGUGCUAAAUGGGCUCCUACCACCCAGGUCAUAGGUCAUCCCUUUGCUGGUGGUACAGAUGUUGAAAUGUGGAGGUCGGACAUUCCAUUCUUGGAGGGGUGUGAUAAUUACAGCAGAGCUCAUGUAGAACCAUCUCGAUUGACGUUUGAUGUACCGGACUCUGCAAUAGAUGAUAAUGGAACUGGUUGCCGGUCACUGUUGGUAGUUAAGAUGGAGAAGCUUGGUGACCUUUUACCGCAAGACGGUUGCUCGGACGAAGGAGAGUUCCAAUGUGAUGAAGUCGAGACUCCAUAUCCCCUCGUGACAGUCGCCCUGAACCCAUCCAAGCCACCUCCAUUUACUGAGCCAGUUACUGUUGGCUUUCAAAUGAAGAAUGAGAUUGCUGGAAACAUUCCCGUGUGCGUUUGGCUCCAAACAAAACUUCAGGCCAGCCCACCGAGUCUCCAGCAAUAUUCAUGGAACAGCAGUGGAUGUGAUACAGUAAAGGAGGAGGGCGCCAUCCUGUGCCGAUGUUAUCACCUGACAAGCUUCUCUGUUAUAAUACGGGUUGCAGACUUCGAGGUCGACGAAGGACACAAGAGGGCGCUGCACGUACUUAGCAUGCUGGGUUGCAUAACAACAAUUGUAUGCGCAUGUCUGACGAUUGCAAUCUACGUUUACUUGAGAAUCCUGAAAGAAGAAAGGAUUAUUCACACCCAGUUUCUUAUAUCCAUCGCGCUUUCUCAACUCAUAUUUCUCAUCGGGAUUGAUAUGAUCAAAUACGAGGUGCUUUGUAAAGUCGUAUCGAUCUCCCUGUUCUACUUCUUCAGUGCCACGUUCUCGUGGAUGCUGGUCGAGACAGGACACUUGUACUUGAGCGUGGUCAGAGUGUUCAGCUCGGGGUCAAAGUUCAAACUGUACUCCUUUGUAGGAUGGGGGUUGCCGGUUAUAUCUGUGGUGAUUACGAGUGCUGUUGGACUAUCACGCGAUGAAUUGAUAAGCAAGGAUUACUGUUGGUUGUCAACUCAAAGAGAACUUAUCUGGGGUUUUGCUGGACCUGCAUUGCUGAUUAUUAUGGUCAACACCGUGAUGUUGGUGGCCGUCUUGAGAGAGAUCGGCAGCCUGAUCGAGAGGGACAUUACAAAGAUGAAAGCAAAUAAGUACAGGACUACUGCCAAAGCUAUGCUUGUCUUCAUGCCAAUGGUUGGCCUGCCGUGGAUAUUCGGUUUCUUCGCUCUGAACUCGAGUCUCGUCAUGUUUGAUUACAUCUUCACCACACUCAACGGUUUUCAGGGACUUUCGCUGUUUAUGAUCUUAGUCGUUGGCAAUAAAGAGGUGCGUAACAGGCUUCAGGGUCGCAUUGAUGAUCUCAACAAAGCGUAUGGAGAGAAGACUAAUGAUUGCCGUGACAAAGGAGUGAGUGUCGUUACUGGGUCAACUACGGGUGCAUCCCUAUCGACAACACAAAAGGUCUGCCCAGGCGAGGCUAAGAUGAGCUUUGCCUCCCCGUGGACGACAAUGGACGAUGAGGGCGACGUGACUAUGACGUCACUUGAUGACAGUGAGGGGGAUUUAAACGCGAUAUAACACCACGUGUUUUGUGUGUACAGAAGCUAGAAUGCUCUUAGUACACAACGAAUGCACACUUAUAAGUAGCAUAUUAUAUGAAUGUCCAAUGCCGUUAUUGAAGUAGGAAUUUGGACAAUCGCUGUACAAACCUAUGUGAGUGUUUAAUGUCUAAAUAGAAAGUAGACAUCCACGGUAUAACUUAAU